GUCACACUUUGCGACAAGUCGUCAGAAGAAAUCGCCGGCGCCAGAGAGAGCGAGAGAGAGGAGGCCGAUGGCUACUGUCGUUCAUCGUCAACUACAUUAGAAACUGUUUUAAUUUUACGGCAGAUCUAGUUGCGUGGUGCUAUGUCUUCGGGAAUGACUGGACAAACACCGUGCCUAACCAGCCGAUGGGAUCAGCCAGCCCAGCCUAAACAGAGUGUAGAUGUAAGGCAGCAGAGGAGCAGUGAAAAUGCAGCCCACCCAGUCUCUUUAUCAGGAGUUAGCACUGCUGGUUCAAACAGUGCAGUUUCACAUCCACCACAAACAGGAGAAAAACCAGCGCCUCAGGGAGGAGUUGAAAUGGCUACGGCCAUGGCUGCUAAAAUAAAUGCCAUGUUAAUGGCAAAAGGAAAACUGUUGACACCUCCCCCAUUACUUGCAAAGACGCCUCCUAGUGUGCCUGUGCCAGCCACUACAGAAGAGAUGGUGGUCACAGAGGUUGACAUAAAUGAUGUACCGCUAAAUUGCAGGGACCUUCUUACUAAAGGCAAAACACAGGAAGAGAUUCGACAGUUUAGUGGUGCAGUCGUCUCAACAAAAGGUCAUUACAUGACUGAAGCUGAAAAAGGAAAAGGAGGAGGCCAAAGACCUUUGUAUUUGCAUGUCCAGGGAAAGACCCAAGAGCAGGUCAAUAAGGCUGUGAUGAGGAUAAAGGAGAUAAUCUCUGAGGAUGUGUUGAGGGCCUCAGCAGCAUCAGGAGGACAACAGGUGCCUGUAAUGCCUCCGCUCACACUCUACCCUCAGCCGCCUCGGCCUGUCAUCCCCACUCCUGUGCCACGAAUGCCCAACACCAACUCAGUACCAGGCCAGGGACAUCGGCCUGCAGCUCCACAUUCGGGGAGUUUUGUGCACACAAAGAUUUUUGUGGGUCUGGACCAGGCAUUGCCUUCAUUUAACGUGAAUGAAAAGGUUGAGGGUCCAGCAGGUUCGUACCUGAGUCACAUCCAGACAGAGACGGGGGCUCGAGUCUUCCUCAGGGGAAAAGGUUCUGGCUACAUUGAACAAGCAUCAAAACGAGAGUCUUUUGAGCCUCUUUAUGUUUACAUCAGUCACCCAAAUGCAGCUGGAUUGGAGGCAGCGAAGAAACUCACUGAGAGUCUGCUGGAAACUGUGAGAGCUGAACAUGGCCGAAUGGUGUCGAUGUACACAGCCACAGGCUCAACACAACCAUACGCAGCACAUGGAUAUCCACCUAAUAGCAAUUACUCUAGCCAGGGGUCCUGGUAUAACUACCCAGCAAAUGGGUAUGCUGGCGGCUAUUCAGCGUACCCAGGAGACCGUGGUUAUUGGAGUAAUGCAAAUGGUCCCCCAAGUCAUUCUAACAUGUCGACAAACCCUCCAUCUUCUCAGGCAAUGGUUCAGUAUCCAGUGUGUCCUAGGAAACCGCAUCCCUAUCUCGUCCAGGAUCCUGGCAGCAGUGAGACAGUGGAGCCUGAAGGAUCUUUAAGCACCCCGCCUGACUCAGGAAGUCCCAAGCGUCAUUUCCAUGAGGCAGCUAAGGAAGAGGAGCCAGCCAGCCACUCUCCAGAGGGUCCUGCUCAUCAGGAGUCUGCACUUCCUGCCUCCAGUGGUAGAGAGGAAAAAGCCAUAGAAAGGAUUCUGAUGCCUCCACCCCCACCUCCUUUUGUGGCUCCUGCCCCUGUUACACGCAAAAGGCCGAGAGACGCACUGACAGAUGAUGUGGCCAGUCUGCCCAGCAGCACCGCGUCAAUGGGUAUGCAUUUCUUUUUUCCUAAUAUUCUGAGAGCCCGAGUACUCAGACAUAUCUUCUGUGGAGUUGUCUGUUGCAUGAAAUGGCAUCUCCCCCCGUGGAGGAAUGGAGGAGGAGUGGAGACCUGUGUGAAUCUCUCCGCUGGUAAAACCCACUAACACUGUCUUCUUGUAUAUGUUUUUUUGUCUUUCCCUUGUUUUCUCUCUCAACAUGUGUCCCCGGACCUGCCUGUUAUGGAUGUGUGCUGUGCUGCCGUUUCAUUUGAUAUCUUCCCUCCCCUGGCUGUGGAUCAAACGAACUCAAAAACCACCGCUAACAUGGGGCUCUUCAAUGGGUUUCCUUUUUGUUUUGUUAUUUCGCUUUGUCUCUCCCCUGCUCUCUCUUUGCCUCCCAUCUCUUUCUCAUGUCUCCUACCCCCUUUCUACUUUUCUCUGUCUCUCCAUUUUUAUUGUGCCCUUACAGGUGUUCUAGAGGAUGUGUGCGAGAAGAGGUCUAAAGUGGAUGAAGAUGCAUCAGGGCUUGUGCCCUACGGAGGAGAUUCCUCCGACGAAGAGGAGGAGAGGACACGCAGCAGUAAGCCAGAUAACUCAUAACCCCUGCCCUGCCCCAUCCCCACUCUCCAGGAUACUCGCAGACCCAAAGUCUACAUUCAGUAUAUCAAUGUAGUUCUCAAACUCAGACCCCAUAAAAGGAAAAAUCCACCUUUGUGUCAUCAUACACUGUUUUAGGACUGUACCAGUGUUUUGCCAUGUUUUAUCCCAUUUACUACAAACAACUAUUGCUGAUUAUUUUGUGAGCAAAAUGUUUUUGGGUUAUUUUUAUUUCUUUGCUUCCAUCCAAGUAGAUAUGGCUUGCUAUUUGUCUCUGUAUGGCAUUUAAAAACGCUUCUGGUGCCACUUUGUAUAUUGACAUCAGUUUUAGGAUUUUAAAGACAGGUGACUAAGCCUUGAGCGGUAAAUGAUGCUGGGCAGUCGUCUUUGUUUUCAUAUAGUCAUUUUUUUCAUCGACAGUCCAAUUGCCUCUGCCGGGAGGGAGAGAGCUUUUACUCUCAUCACUCAUUUUACGUCAGUAUAGCUGAUCUUAAGCACAGCGGCUGUCAUUGUUAUGGUUCAUUUUACACUGUAAACCCAAACCUGCAGCAGUCUCCCGAAUGCAGUUUUCUCCCUCCUUCUCUUUGUCCUGCAUGCAUGUGUUUCUUUCUCUCAUAUUAUACAUGAUAAAAUAGCUUUGCUGUUGGCCUGUUUGUGUUAAGACAACGUCAACAGCAAAUCUAAUGCAUUAGACACAUUCACAAGUGAAUUUCAGUUAGAGUGCCUCACACACAGACCGGCUAGAAUCGAUCAGCAGCAGGAUUCUGGAGAAUAUGGGGUUUUGCACAGCACACUCAACAGGUUUGAUAGAUGGAGUGCAAAUGGGUUGCUUUAAAUUAAGGAGCAGAGUCACCUGUGCUCAUUAAUGGUGAUUGCUGAUUUUGGGAAAAAAUUGGUGUGUCUUUGAUCGUCAAUAGACAGUUUGUUUACUGUUUAACCUUUAAGUAAUGUAAAGUACAGAUAGUUAAUAGUAAGCAGGUUGAAGAUGCUAUAAAGAUACUGGUAUUUAUGGUCUUGGAAUUAUCAGUUUCUGAUGUUUGGUGCUUUCUUGGACUUGAGGAAGGGUUUUUAUUUUCUUGUCCUAGUGUUGUUUGCUUUACAUCUGUUUAGUUUUGUUCAUACAUUUCCCAGAAUGCCUUUUAAUAAUCCCCCGCGCAAUGGGUGUGAACAUGUUGGUUUUAGUCAAAGGUGGGGAUAGUUAAAUGUAUGCCCACCUACAUAGCAAAUGUAAAAAUAGAUAACCUGCCAACUAGUUCAUUGUCAUUGUGGAUAUGUUUGUAGUCACAUGACUUAAAAUGCAACAUGUGGCUUCAUUUCAUUAGAAUUUGAAGGAUACGAUUUUUUGAGAAAACAGCUAUUUUCUACACACUUUUUCCUCCCUUGUGUUAUUGCCGUCUUGAUAGAACCCUUUCUUUUGUUUUUUGGUACUCUAAUGGUCUGAUUCUAAAACGUGCACUUGCCAGUCUCUUAAAUGGCCAAGACAUUUUCUGUUAAAAAUACAUAUAAAUAUAAAUAUAAAUCACCAUUAACCAAAAAUGGGUCCAGUAAAGCAAAGCACAUCAUGUUUUAACAGUGUGUAAGUAUUCAGGGUGGAUUUUUCCUUUUAAGAUGUGACAAUUGUAUAACAACAAAUUGAUUUUUUUUUUUUUUUUUUUUUUUAAAUUUCUUUUAGUUCAUUCUUCGGUGCAUCUUUUGUUAAUCAAAAAAAAACAAAAACCCCCUUUUUUUUUU